AUGUCAUCGUUUCUCGACUCGGGCAUCCUCAACUUCCCCACCGGCUUCCCCGUCGGCUCCGACGUCGAGAAGUCGGCCGGCGUGUCCAAGACCGACCUUGACGCGAGGCCGACCCAAGUGUUGAAUCUGCCAGCAUAUGGCAACUGGACGAACAGGGGCUGGAACGUCCGGGCUCACGGCAACGUGUACAAGGUCCCGGACAUUGCGCAGAGCAGAGUCGACCAUCUUGCCAAUGGCUUCCUCAUCGGAACCGACGUCGACGAGCUACAGAAGUCGGAGCAGGCCCAGGCCCGCAACCUGACAAGGUCCAUAUUUGUAGUCCAGCAGCGCGACACGAGCGUCACUCUGGAUUUCGUCAGUGAUGUGACCGUCAAGCCCAACGUGAGCGGAGGUGUCAUAAAUGCCGCAGGCGGUGGCCAGACAAUUACUCUACCGCACAACACGACGCUCGAAGGAGAUUUUGAUGCCUUCAUCACCCUACGCAACACCACAGGGCCCAACGGCGGACAUGUGCUUCGCGGAAACGAAACGUCUCAAAUACAAGCGCUCAACAUGUAUGCAAAAGGAACCGACACUGGUAAUGCAACGGCAUACCUGGUGCCUCCCGAGGGCAUCACCGUGGUGUCCGACAUUGACGACAUUCUGCGAGUGACAAAGAUUUACCAGCCCAAGGAAGGCCUCCUGAAUACCUUUGCACGGCCGUUCACGCCUUGGAUGAACAUGCCGCAGGUAUAUGCAAAUUGGUCCUCGUCCAUCAACAACCUGCAUUUCCACUACCUCACCACAACACCAGAGCAGGUGACGCGCAACUACAUGGAGUUCAUCUAUAAGACAUAUCCGCUGGGUUCCUUUGACACGCGGCCCUUGAACUUCUCCGACGUCUCUGCCACGCUGCAUAUUCGCCGGUACCUGCUCGACAUGGUAUUCCGGACUUUCCCGCAGCGAAGGUUCAUAUUGGUUGCCGACACGACCAACCGCGACGUGAUGAAGGCAUAUCCGCAGAUGUACAAGGACUACCCGGGCCAAGUCCUAUGCAUCUUGCUGCGCAAUACAAGCUCGACGGAUCCGGGAAACAGAUUCCCGUACGACACAUCCGGGUUCAAGGACAUACCGAGGGAGCGCUACAUGUUGUUCAACGUGCCCGACGACCUGGCGAGACUUGAUGUUGUCAACGGGCAAUGCCUGAACAGCUCGGUCUCGCAACACGUGACGUUCAAAACGCAAGGGCUACCGUUUGGUAUCGGCGACGGGGACAGCGUGGCUGGACGAAUCGGUCCGUCCUUUGUUUCCGCGGCCGUGGCUGCGUUGGCGGUGGCCAUGGUUGUCAGCUUGGCUUGA